AACAGAAAUUGCCCUAGAGAGGGUGUUGGGAGGCAGACACGUGUAUGUCGGUGGGGAUGGAGUGGGGUGGAGAUCGGGAUCUUUUGAAAGCCAGACUGUUUAUUGUACCUCUGAGCCCGAGGACCUCUUCCACCCAAUGGUACAGAGGGUAGCAGUGGCAUAAGGAGGAGCCCAGGAAGUCUUCAACCCCAAGGGAAAGGGAGGAUCGGGCGGCACUAGGACCCGGGGAGGAAGAAGGAUGGUUGCAAGAGCCUAGAAUCCAAAGGACGCUAGGGCCGCGCGGAGCCCAGGAGGUGGAGCUAGAAUGGGCCUGCCUGAGUUGCCCAUGUCGGCCUGAUGGAUCCGACGCUGGACGAGAGGCUGGAGCCGGAGCCCGGGGCCGUGCUGGUUCCCGCUGGCCGCGUGCUCAGCCCCGAGGAGUUAUUCGCAGCCCGAUCCCGGGACCAGAAGCUGCCCCCGCGCUCCCAUGGCCAGAAGUUCUUCCUCCCCGACGGCUCGGAGGCCCAGGAAGAGCAGCUGCGGCUGUGUAGACAGGAGCUUUGGACCCUCCUUGCGGAAGAGAGAGUGGAGCGACGGGGCAGCUUGGUGACUGCUGAGUGGAGUCCUCAGGAUGGGAUAGUAAUGUUGAAGUCCUUUGCUGGUAAAUUCUGGCAAACCAUGGGCUUCUCUGAAGGGGGUCAGCAACGGUUAUAUCCAGAAGAGGCCCUAUAUUUGCUGGAAUGUGGAUCCAUCCAACUUUUCUACCAGGACCUGCCCCUGUCCAUCCAGGAGGCCUAUGAGAUGCUACUAGCCCAGGGUACCAGAGGCUUUCUGCAGUACCAGGUUUUCAGCCACCUGAAGAGACUAGGCUACGUGGUUCGGAGGUUCCAGCCUAGCUUGGUCCAGUCUCCCUAUGAGAGGAUGCUUAACUUGGACAGUGGCAGUAUGUGGAGCUCCGAAAAGUGGCAUGGCAAGAGGAAGAGGAGGAAUUCUAACCCUCGGUCUGCUGAUAAGAAAACCAAGGCAUUGGAGAAUCCUCUGCCAGAGAUGGAUGGGACCAGUGAGAGUCAGGCAACUUUAAUCCAGUCUGCCCCCGACCAGAACAUCAGAAGCCCAGAGGAGAAACCCCAGGAAUCAAGCCAUGUAAAGAAUCCAGGGGGUUCCAGUCAGCCUCCUGAAUCCCCAGGGCAGGUCCUUGGCCAGACAGAGCAUCAUGGUAGGAGCCUGAAGACAGGAAGAGGAAGCCAGGAUAGAACAAUGGACAAUAAUGGGAGCAACGGUGCCUGUAAGCCCCGAUGGGACUUUGAGAAAAUUGCAUUCCCCAACAUGGCCUGCGAUCGCCCCCAUACCCUACUGCUAGCCCCAGCUCCAGAAUUGCUCCCGGGGAAUGUCACUGCACGGGAGAUUGAUGCGGCCCCUUGGUGCCAGCAACUGAAUCAGCGGAAAGAAAAGCUUUCUAGGAGGGAGAAGGAGCAGCAGAGGGGGAACACUCCCUUCCGAAAUGAUGUGAAUGCGGACCCCGAGGUGCAGCGCUGCACCAGCUGGCGGGCGUAUAAGGAGCUGCUACAGCGGCGGUGGCAGCAGAAGGCCUGGAACCGACCCCCCAACUUGUGGGACCAGCCAGUCACUCCUCUACUGAGCCCUGGCCAGGCAGCCAGCCCAGCCACUGUCCUACAACAGAUCUCCGUAAUGCAGACCACUCACCUCACUGAUGGAGUUGAUGGUAGGCUGUUGGAGAAGUCUGGAGACAUGGAGAUCAGUUUUGACAUCUAUCAGGCAGACAGUGUAUCCAGUUUCCGGAAAAAUGACCCAGGAAAACCAUAUGCUCGGAUGUGCAUCAGUGGAUUUGAUGAACCUGUCCCAGACCUGCGCACCCUCAAGCGGCUGUCCUUCCAGAGUGGGGAUGUUCCCUUGAUCUUUGCCCUGGUGGAUCAUGGUGACAUUGCUUUCUAUAGCUUCAGGGAUUUCACACUGCCCAUGGACUUGGCACAUUGACCAACUGGCCUCCAGACCGUGUUGGAAUAGCCUCUGACCUGGGUCAGAGGUAGCUACCCAGUGCAUACGAUAAGGAAAAUCAUCGGUUCAGUUUUGGCAGGCUUUACUCUCAGGAAUGACUUACCACUCAGACCCCCAGUUCUCAGCUGUCUCCUGUAUUGGAGCUUUCACCCUUAUGUCUAAUACUUUACCCAUGUUCAUCCCAGCCUAAGCCACCUCCACAGGAGAGCAGGCUUUGAAAAAUGCCGGGCAAGUUGUAUUGCCUUAGUUGGGGACCAUUCCUCAUGUUCUCUUUGAUUCUUCAGUGGUGCCCUUAGGACCUAGUACCUUUCUUCCCAAAGUCCAGAUGAGAUGGAUCUUGGUCCUGUUUUUAAUGUAAGGAAGAUUGGAUGCAUCUGGGAAAACCUGGAUGAGGCUAAACUCAUUAAACUCCUUUCUUAUGUCUGA